AGUAUGUGCACAUUGAUAAGGACAGAGUGCACUAGGCUGCUGUUUCGCUACGCGAUGUUAGAACUGGUUGUUGUGAUGGAUUAGACGGAUUUAAAGAACAGAAGUUGUAAAAAACAAACUUUUAAUGGAAGAGUAAACAAAAUAAACUUUGUUGACCGUAUAAACUCGAUAUGUGCAUUAGAUGUGGUAAAUUAGGGCGUGAGUUGAAUAUUGAUGCAAAUUUCUGUUGAAUAGUGCUGUGUGUACGGAACACAGUUUUAAAAACGUUGAAAAAAAAAUCAGCAGGAUGUGUACUCGGACUGUUCCACUGUUGUUGCUGGUCGCCGCUGUCGUUACAGUAACUAGAGCUGAUGAUACCGGAGGGCCUGGUACCAGCCCACCGAGCAAAUUGGACGACUACGUGCUGACCACCCAAUCGGAGUGCUAUAAAUCAAAACGACUGAUAUCGUGUUUCAAGUAUCGAAUUUCACGCUACAUUUGGUCGUUUGCGUCCGGUAGGAUGAACUGGAUAUUAACGGAGAAGCAUGCAUACGAAGCGGGUAACGGCAUGAAGCUGGUGCGGCUGAAUGAACCACAGGAGGACGAUGUAUUUCCUGAUGCUAGACAGAUUUCACCGUACGACAAUGAAAUGCUGAAAGCCACUAAAUUCCUUCAACGCUCGCUGAACACGUUUAUUGCAUCGCACGGUGUCCGGGUCGGCAUGGGUGCAGAUAGUGGAGCUCGGUUCCUAGACGAUGAUGACAAUUUCGAGGGUCGCGGCAAAAAGAAAAAGAGAUGGAGUUUAAUCUUGCCAUUAGCUCUGAUGCUCAAGCUAGUGCACAUGAAACUGCUGUUGAAGCCAAUCCUGCUAGGAGUAGGAUUGAUUCAGAUCUUGCUAAUUGCCGGAGGUCUGUUCAUAUUCAAUUACUUCCGCCAUACCAACAUUUGCCGAAUCCAGCCACAUCUGAUCCACUCUCACUCUCAUAUAGCCAGUGAGUCAGCACCAGAAUUAUCGUAUGCUGCCUACGGUUCAUAUCCUUCUUACUCGGCUUCGCCAUACAACGCCUAUAGCAAGGACUGGGCUACAAAUCGGGCAUAUAGUGCAUAUGGUUUUCUCGAUGCAAUCGACUCACACAAAGUUUAAGUGACUGACUUGAAUUACAUCUUUUACCUUCUAUGCCUCAAGAUGUUCCUAGCAGUCAUUAUUGUUGGAUCUGAACAAUAUCCUUUCAACUACACUUUUUUGCUAUCUUAUGCUACUUCCAUUUCCAAUUUAUUCGUAAAAAACGUUUUUUGCUUUGAAAACAGUAUUUACUUUAAUGAUUACGCAUGCGUAGUGUUCCAAAAUGUGAGAUACUGUAUAUUUAAAAAAAGCGCAUUAUUUUAGAAACAGUCCAACCAAAAUUCAGUUAUUAAACAAUCAAAGUACAUAUACAACUUGGCUUUUCUAAUGCACGUAUUUUCAGUGAAAUCUUGCAAUCUCCAUAGUAGUGACGGUUUUAGGUAUUGUACCUUUCUACAAACAUUCAUAUUUCUAGUCUAAGCAAUCAUACAAAAAUAUCUUUUCAACUUUGCUUCUAUGACCUAUUUUCACUUUCAAGCAGGGAAUAUGUUAAUUAAAAUAACAGUAGACUAAGCAUAUAGAUCAAUAUUUAUUAUUAUUGUUAUUUUUGCUAAUAAACAUUAUAGAACUAUUUCAACAGUGGAGCGUACCGCGUAGCGUGGAAAAUUUUGCAUCCAAGAGACCUGUUGAGGAAUAAAUUAACAAACAAAUAAAUGAUAUUACAUAUAGUUGAGCUUUUGAA